AAGAGUUUGAUGCCUAAAGCCGAAAUUGCACCUACCUUAAGAUCUGAACCUCCAUUUUCAACAACAAAACAAAUUCACAGAAAUAUCAAAAAAUGGAUUUUGAGGGUAUUCUUUUGGGUAUGGGCAAUCCAUUGCUCGAUAUCUCUGCUGUUAUCGAUCAAGAUUUCCUCAACAAGUACGACAUUAAGCCGAACAAUGCAAUUCUUGCUGAGGAAAAGCACUUGUCUAUGUAUGACGAAAUGACAUCCAAAUUUAAUGUCGAAUACAUUGCUGGAGGUGCAACUCAAAAUUCAAUCAGAGUAGCUCAGUGGAUGCUUCAAAUUCCAGGUGCAACAAGUUACAUGGGCUCUAUUGGGAAGGACAAGUAUGGGGAGGAAAUGAAGAAAAAUGCGAAAGAUGCUGGUAUCAAUGUUCACUACUAUGAGGAUGAGAGUCCAACGGGUACUUGUGCUGUCUGUGUGCUUGAUGGCGAAAGGUCGCUUGUUGCAAACUUAUCAGCUGCAAACUGCUACAAGGUUGACCAUUUGAAAAAACCAGAGAACUGGGCUUUGGUGGAGAAGGCCAAGUACUAUUACAUUGCUGGAUUUUUUCUCACUGUUUCUCCAGAAUCUAUUCAGCUUGUUGCUGAGCAUGCAGCUGCCAAAAACAAGGUUUUCUCAAUGAACCUUUCAGCACCAUUUAUCUGUGAGUUCUUCAAGGAUCAACAGGAGAAAGUCUUGCCGUAUAUGGACUUUGUCUUUGGUAAUGAGACAGAAGCAAGAACCUUCUCUAGAGUUCAUGGCUGGGAGACUGAUAAUGUUGAAGAAAUAGCAUUGAAGAUCUCACAAUGGCCAAAGGCAUCAGGAACACACAAGAGAAUCACUGUCAUUACACAGGGUGCUGAUCCAGUUGUUGUUGCUGAGGAUGGGAAGGUGAAAUUGUUCCCAGUUAUUCCUUUGCCAAAAGAGAAACUUGUUGACACCAACGGUGCUGGUGAUGCAUUUGUGGGAGGAUUCCUUGCACAGUUAGUCCAAGGAAAACCUAUUGCAGAUUGUGUCAAAGCAGGGUGUUAUGCAUCGAAUGUCAUCAUCCAAAGGUCUGGUUGUACAUACCCUGAGAAGCCCGAUUUUGAAUGAGGGAUUUUCCUCUUGUGGGCUUUCCAUGUUCUUCUGUUAAGAAGAAACCUAUUCUGGUUCUUAUAGUAUUUUUGAUCUGGUUAUGCCAAUUGGUAAUGGUAUAUCCACAUCCCACUUCCCAUCCCCCAUAUUGUUGUAAGGCAUUUUAAUUACCUUCUCUUCAUCAUUUGAGAAUAACAUUCUGUUGUAGUAAUUCUAUUUAUUGCAAUAAGGAUGAUUCUUUAGUUUUCAUGCUAA